UGCCUACACUUUGCCAUGCAUUGGAUCCCAGAUCCUUGAAUCCUAUGUACCCAUUUAGAACUGUUGACAUUCUACAUCACGUAUUCUAUGGCCUGAGCCUGGGCGGGCGGCGAGGCGGAGGGGGGAGGGACACGCGAUUGGCCCGGCACACCUCAACCGAGCCUUCAGUCUGCACCCGGCCGCCGCGGAGCGCGCACGUCGCUCGUCCCACCGACCGUACUCGGCCCAUCCGCGUGUUACCACCACAUCCAUUCUUCAAUUAAAUCGAGUGUGAAAACGAAUAGUCUAUCCGCGUUUAGUUUAGACAGCCUGUGACGUCACUAACCACCAAGCUAAGGGUUGUUUUCGACGCUACGCGUCAAUACGUACCAGUGUAAUGUAAUGAGCUCUGUUGACGGCAACCUAUAGAGGAUUUUCAGCAAAAGUACUGAAAGUCUAAAAUCUACGAAGAAAUGUGGGUCAACACCCCCGUAGCGCCCCGACCCGCCACCUGAACGACGCCAUGACCUCCGAAACCCCUCUCGAUGGCAAAAAGAAACAAGACGCCAAAAAGGACUGCGCCAAAUUCGCAGAAGACAAAAGAAAUGAACACAAAACCAUAGAAGAAGACAAAAGAAAAAGAUCAAACGAACUGAUGAGGCUAGUCUACGAACUACCUGAAGAAAUAAAUAGAGAAGUGACUGAGAAUAAUAAUAUGUUAAAAGAGAACCCACCAGUCAUGAUAGUCGAGAUAACUGAACAGAAUGGUUGUGAACCGGACAAAAAAUGUGAUAAUGAUUACCUUACAGAAAUAGAUUCUAGUCCAGACUUAGGCAAUAGUGUUGUAUAUGACGUUUUAGCUACUAAUGAACUCAUAAUGCACGCGGAGGAGUAUAAAGAAGUGAUCGUGAGUUCUUCGCCUGAAUGUGCUGAUGAAGACUUGUUAGAGUUGAAGAAGUUGAUUGAAACUAGUCCUAAAGUGUUAGAGAGGUAUAUUAGGGAAUGUGCGAGUAGUGAAGAAGUGAAUAGACUGCAUAGUUUGACGUCGACUGGGCCGCUCUCGCCGCGGCAGCAUCAAGCGAGGAGUACAUCGGUUACGUCAGACCUGUUCCAGUUAUGGCUGUCAUCAUCGCCCGUUAAGAGAUCGCGGUCUCCAAGCGGCUCAGCAGCUCAGAGGCAGCUCGAGGAGGCGGAUCUGUUCAUGGACCUGAUCAAGGACGUCGCCAACGAGUUGGAUAUCAACGUGUUAUGUCAUAAGAUCCUAGUGAACGUGUGCCUACUAACGUCGGCCGAUCGCGGCAGUCUGUUCCUGGCCAAAGGCACGCCGCCCAACCGCUAUCUUCAAGCUAAGCUGUUCGACGUCACGAGAGACACAGACUUAACUGAAGCGUUAAACACUGCACAAUCGCAAGAGAUCAGGAUCCCCUUCGGUGUCGGAGUAGCGGGCGUGGCUGCUCAGACAAAACACCACAUCAACAUCAGAAACGCAUACGCCGAUCCCAGGUUCAACAGUGAAAUAGACGCCCGCACCGGUUACAAGACUGAGCUCAUCCUUUGUAUGCCAAUCUGCAACUACGAGGGAGGGGUUGUUGGCGUCGCUCAAAUUAUUAACAAAACUGAUGGCUCCAAAGAAUUUUCCCCCCGCGACGUUGAAGUCUUCCGCCGCUACCUCACCUUCUGCGGCAUCGGCAUCCAGAACGCCCAGCUCUUUGAGUCCUCGGUCCUCGAGUACAAGAGGAACCAGAUACUCCUGGCCCUGGCUAGGAGCAUAUUUGAGGAGCAAAGCAACUUGGAGUGUUUAGUGACGAAGAUUAUGACGGAAGCGAGGGAUUUGCUGAAGUGUGAUCGGUGCGCUGUCUUCAUUUUGGAUACGGAUCAUUGUGAAUCUAGUCAUUUGGAGCGCAUAGUCCAAAGGCCAGGCGGCGAGCGCUCCACGACCCUCGCUCUUCCCCCACCAGCGCCCACCAGGUUCCACACACUCUUCGAACUUGGAGCCAAGCAGUCCAGAACCACAUUAACACCAAGACACGACUACCAGUCUACAUUAGCCUGCAUUGCUUUAGCGGUGGCUCAAUCCAAUAAAGCCUUAAACAUCUCUGAGGUAUCAGAUUGGAGGAAAGAGCACGGUGUCGAGUUACAAGACCCAACGAAUGACGACGCGAAGGAUGUCAGGACGAUGCUCUGCAUGCCCAUCGUUAACGCUAAUAAAGACGUUAUUGGCGUAGCACAGCUAAUCAAUAAGGAAAACGGUUGUCAAUUCACCGACGGCGAUAUAUCGAUAUUCGAAGCAUUCGCCAUCUUUUGCGGUCUGGGCAUCCACAACACGCAGAUGUAUGAAAACGCUUGCAAGCUGAUGGCUAAACAAAAGGUGGCGUUAGAGUGCCUGUCUUACCACGCUACAGCCUCAGCAGAAGACACCAACAAGCUUUGUCAAGAGAUCAUACCCACUGCCGAAACCUACAAUCUUUACAGCUUUCAGUUCCAUGACUUCGACCUUUCUGACGAAGAUACUUGCAGAGCAACGCUCAGAAUGUUCCUACAGUGUAACUUGGUUGAGAAGUUCCACAUACCUUAUGACGUCUUAUGUCGUUGGAUACUAAGCGUCAAAAAGAACUAUAGACCGGUAAAGUAUCACAACUGGCGACACGCCUUAAACGUAGCACAAACUAUGUUCGCGAUGCUAAAGACAGGCAAGAUGGAGCGAUUCAUGUCGGACCUAGAAAUCCUAGGCUUACUAGUAGCUUGCCUAUGUCAUGACCUGGAUCAUCGAGGGACGAAUAACGCAUUUCAAACGAAGACAGAAAGUCCUCUGGCGGUUUUGUAUUCGACAUCGACUAUGGAGCACCACCAUUUCGACCAGUGCGUCAUGAUUUUGAACAGUGAAAGCAAUAAUAUAUUUCAGGCUCUCUCCCCGUGCGAUUAUAAAGACGUAAUGCGAGUGGUAGAAACGGCCAUACUUUCAACAGACCUGGCGAUGUAUUUCAAGAAGAAGUCCAAGUUCCUAGAGCUGGUCGACAAUGGGGAGUUCGACUGGCAGAGCCAGGAGAAGAAAGAGUUAUUAUGCGGCAUGAUGAUGACAGCCUGCGACGUGUCAGCCAUCGCCAAGCCUUGGGAGGUGCAGCAUAAGGUCGCCAAGCUGGUCGCUGACGAGUUCUUCGACCAGGGGGACUUGGAGAAGUUACAGCUCAACCAGCAGCCCAUAGCUAUGAUGGAUAGAGAAAAAAAAGACGAGCUGCCCCAAAUGCAAGUAGGGUUCAUCGACAUGAUCUGCCUGCCACUAUACAGGGUGCUCUCAGACACGUUCCCCUGGAUCCAGCCCCUGUACUCAGGCACCCUGGACAACCGGAACCGAUGGCAGGACCUGGCGGAGAAGGUGGAGAUGGGGCUCACGUGGAUCGACCAUGACACUAUUGAUAAGCCUAUUGAGGAGUUUACUGCCUCCAGUGAGCCAAUCAAAGACGUGGAAUUUACAGUGACUACGUUAAACUGUGCUAAGACCGCUGCCGAAACGUCCAUGGCUCUGGUCAAGCCUAUAAAGACUCCUUUCCACUCGCUAAGAAGGGGGAAGAGUGGGAACUUUACAUCUAGGUCAGCAAGGAGCAAACUUACUAGAUCAAUGUACGCGGCACCCAGCUACCGGGAGGAGAGGUCAAGCAUAAAGAGGCCGGAGAGCCAGCCGCCGGUGCCAGAAGAGCCGGAGCAGACUAGCAAGAUUAAACAUAAAGGCCGCCUGUGCCAUAUGUUGUGACGUUUGAGUUUUAACUGGAGCAGUCAGAGUAGCACCGAGAAGCCGGAUCGAGUGAAGCCGUCCAAAUCGAUCGAUUGAACUGAUACCGAUAAGGGGUUAUUAUACUUAUUAUUUACACCUAUCCUUUCUGCUACACUUUCUGCUACCUUGCUCUUAAGAGAUACAGAG